AUGUGGGUAUUGAGCCUAAGGGAGAGGUGCGAGUGGUAUGAACCAGAUCUCCAGUACUCAACCGACAGCCCAGUUCAACCUGUGCCUGCACUCUGGAGGGUCCAGGCUAAAGGAGUCAUCCAGCCUGGAGAAGUAGUACCAAGGCUGCGCACCAGGGCUCCAGUGUUCCCCCACAGCCUGGUCUGUCCGGUGCCUCCUCCAAUCACCAGGCCUCCUGUAGGUCUCCCCAGCCUGGUGGGUCCUGUGGCAGCCCCAGCCCCACGCACCGUCAGUCAGGAGCUGCCAGAACCGCCCGUCAGUCAGGGGCUGCCAGAGCCGCCCGUCAGUCAGGGGCUGCCAGAGCCGCCCGUCAGUCAGGGGCUGCCAGAGGCGCUGCUGGAGUCUCCCAUCUACUCGGGACCCGCUGCAAGGGUCCCCAGUCCGAGGUCGGCGGCGAGGGUCGCCACUCUAAAGGCACCACUGAAGUGGGCAAAGAAGCGGGCAAAGACUAUGGUGGAAGCAUCAAUCGUCCACACAGUGGUUAUCUCUGAGCUGUUUUCCAGACACUCCAAUGCUCAGCAGACCUGGACACACACCAGCCCUCCCCUGCAGGGUAUACAACACACCAGCCCUCCCCUGCAGGGUACACAACGCAUCAGCCCUCCCCUGCAGGGUACCCAACGCAUCAGCCCUCCCCUGCAGGGUACCCAACGCAUCAGCCCUCCCCUGCAGGGUACCCAACGCAUCAGCCCUCCCCUGCAGGGUACCCAACGCAUCAGCCCUCCCCUGCAGGGUACCCAACGCAUCAGCCCUCCCCCGCAGGGUAUACAACACACCAGCCCUCCCCUGCAGGGUACACAACGCAUCAGCCCUCCCCUGCAGGGUACCCAACGCAUCAGCCCUCCCCCGCAGGGUACACAACACACCAGCCCUCCCCCAGCAGGGUACACAACACACCAGCCCUCCCCUGCAGGGUACCCAACGCAUCAGCCCUCCCCCCCCCGCAGGGUAUACAACACACCAGCCCUCCCCCGCAGGGUACACAACACACCAGCCCUCCCCCACAGGGUACACAACACACCAGCCCUCCCCCAGCAGGGUACACAACACACCAGCCCUCCCCUGCAGGGUACCCAACGCACCAGCCCUCCCCACAGGGUAUACAACACACCAGCCCUCCCCCACAGGGUACACAACACACCAGCCCUCCCCCACAGGGUAUACAACACACCAGCCCUCCCCCGCAGGGUACACAACACACCAGCCCUCCCCUGCAGGGUAUACAACACACCAGCCCUCCCCUGCAGGGUACACAACGCAUCAGCCCCCCCGCAGGGUACACAACACACCAGCCCUCCCCUACAGGGUAUACAACACACCAGCCCCCCUGCAGGGUACACAACGCAUCAGCCCUCCCCUGCAGGGUACACAACACACCAGCCCUCCCCUACAGGGUAUACAACACACCAGCCCUCCCCUGCAGGGUACACAACACACCAGCCCUCCCCUACAGGGUAUACAACACACCAGCCCUCCCCUGCAGGGUACACAACGCAUCAGCCCUCCCCCGCAGGGUACACAACACACCAGCCCUCCCCUACAGGGUAUACAACACACCAGCCCUCCCCUGCAGGGUACACAACGCAUCAGCCCUCCCCUGCAGUGUACCCAACGCAUCAGCCCCCCCGCAGGGUACACAACACACCAGCCCUCCCCCACAGGGUGCACAACACACCAGCCCUCACCUGCAGGGUAUACAAAACACCAGCCCUCCCCUACAGGGUAUACAACACACCAGCCCUCCCCCGCAGGGUACACAACACACCAGCCCAGGAUACACCCACAGGAUACACAACACACCAGCCCUCCCCCACAGGGUACACAAUACACCAGCCCUCCCCCGCAGGGUACACAACACACCAGCCCUCCCCCGCAGGGUACACAACACACCAGCCCUCCCCCACAGGAUACACAACACACCAGCCCUCCCCACAGGGUACACAAUACACCAGCCCUCCCCCGCAGGGUAUACAACACACCAGCCCUCCCCUGCAGGGUACACAACACACCAGCCCUCCCCUACAGGGUAUACAACACACCAGCCCUCCCCUGCAGGGUACACAACGCAUCAGCCCUCCCCCGCAGGGUACACAACACACCAGCCCUCCCCUACAGGGUAUACAACACACCAGCCCUCCCCUGCAGGGUACACAACGCAUCAGCCCCCAGGAUACACAACACACCAGCCCCCCCCACAGGGUACACAACACACCAGCCCUCCCCCACAGGGUGCACAACACACCAGCCCUCACCUGCAGGCAUUUAUUAUGA